CUUCGUCCGCACUAAACUGCAGCUCUCCGGCAGGAUGACCUGCGCGUGUUUCACCAGAGUGACGAGAGGUUUAGAGCGAUUAUGUCACGGCACCGUUUUUCUGUUAUUUCACCCCAGAAGAAUCUGGGCCGUCUUCACAGUAGGUGCGUUAUUGGCGUUAGUGUACCGCCGGAGAAGUGACGGUGAAAGUUCUGACAAAGGAGGACCUUCAGCCUUGGCAGGGGACGAAGAGGCUCCGACAGCGUCCCGGAAAGGUAACAGGGUCUGGGCAUCGAACCAGCAACCCGUUACAGGUUCACGGUGGGACGUGGAGGAAGACCUCGACAGAGGAGAAACUCGAGAAACCACCGAAGACUUUUACUGCGAGUAUGAUUCAACCUGGGACAGCGACCACGAAGACCACGAGAUCGAACCCCGCCGGAGUGUCCGGACACGAGGGUCGAACUCACUGAGAUUUCAUCGAUUCAGAUCUGCAGCGAAAGACAUGCAGGCAUACAGAAGGGACUACCCUCAUCAACGGAGCUGGAACCAGCACAGACCAGAUAAGCAGAAUUUGGCUUUCUACCGUGGAGAAAGGGCCUCUUCACCUGACGGCGUUUACAUACAGGAUUUCCACAAUAAGUGGUUUAGAAUGUACGACAAACUGGAGUAUACACACACCUUUAUUCAGUGGUUGUUCCCACUUCAAGAGCGAGGAAUGAAUCCUGAAGCCUUUGAGCUGACCAAAGAAGAAAUCACUUAUUUUCUUGAAGAUUGUACAGCCAAGGACAAUCUGGUGGCAUCAUACAAGCUCAUGUUAAAUUUCUACGGCAUCAUUUUGUUAAAUGAAGAAACAGGUGAGGUGGGAAAAGCAGAGAACUGGCAAGAGAGAUUUGACAACCUGGACAGUCACACCCAUAACAACCUGCGAAUAACCCGUAUUUUGAAGUGCCUUGGAACACUGGGAUUUUGUCACUACCAAGCUCCCCUGGUCCAGUUCUUCCUGGAGGAAACGCUUCUCCAUGGUGAACUUCCAAAUGUCAAGUACAGCAUGCUCAACUACUUCAUUUUUACGGUCCGUAACAAGCAAAAACGCCAGAAACUUAUCGAAUUUGCCUAUUUAAACUUUAGUCCUGAGGAGGAAUUUGUGUGGUGCCCAAAGAAGAUACAGAUGAGAUGGUUAGCAGAGAAAAGAAAAGCUAACAACAGGUAGAAAAGGUAACAUCUGCUCUAAAGGUUCAAAAACAUUGGUGGCCCUUUUUUCUGAGGCUUUUGAAUUAUGUGGAGAUGUUGCAUUUUAGUAGUGGUUUGGAUAUGGAAAGUGAAUUCAAAUCCUGCAGUAUGUCAUUGAUCGGCAAUAAAUAAUCCAGAGAUCAAUGACUUGAAAGGUGUUUUUUUUUUCUCAAACUGUGUAUGACCUUGUGAACUAGAAAAAAAUGUUCAAAAGCAAGAAAGUACUUUGAGCCAGACGCUUUAAUUGGAGUAGGAUAAGUGCUCCAACAGCGGGGUGACAAUCUUCCAGUAGACUGUGUAUCAGCCAAAAAGUAAAACGUGCACUUAAUGAUGCCAACCGUGCUGUUAGUUUUACUUUUACCAUCAGCUGGUGGAGGUCUACAGAAAUCAAAGAGCAACAUAAAGUCACUGCCAAAUUACUGCAUAAGUGUUGAUACAGGCCAAAGCAAAACAGGUGAAACGUACUCCAUAUACUCGUAUACCACAUUAUCUUAAGCUGUAAACAUUUAGGACAACGUAUGCUUUUGCUUUAAUAAAUUUAAAGUGUCAUCAUCUUCUGAAGUAACAAUACACUGUACAGUUAGUCUUGUAUCACAGUUAACUUUGCUUUUCUUUGAAUAUAUGGUGUUCUUUUUUAUGUGAAAUUUUCACAGGAAUUGCCUCUAAACUACUGUAAGCUUGAGAUAUAAA